UGUUCGCUGUCCCUUACUAAUUCUUUUUCCGGUUGGCCAUUGACAGCGACGGUGAACACAUUUCACUACGCCAAUAUGGGUAAGAUUAUGAAGUCGGGUAAGGUGGUACUCGUCCUCGGUGGACGGUACGCCGGUCGCAAAGCCAUCAUCAUGAAAACGUUCGACGACGGCACCGCGGACAAGCAGUUCGGCCAAGCGCUGGUUGCCGGCAUCGAUCGCUAUCCGCGUCGAGUAUCGCGGCGAAUGACCAAGGAGCGUCUGCACAAGCGCUGCAAGAUAAAGCCGUUCAUCAAGAUGCUCAACUACAACCAUCUGAUGCCAACGCGUUACAGCGUUCCAGAUGUGAGCAUUGACAGCAAAUAUUCCGCUGGAGAUCUGAAGGACCCGGUCAAGCGAAAGAAGGUCCGCUACCAGAUUCGUGUCAAGUUCGAGGAAAGACACAAGACCGGCAAGAACAAGUGGUUCUUCCAGAAGCUCCGUUUCUAAGCAACACCCCUUCUACAACCUAAUGAUGCGAGUCGCGGCGGCGGUUAUCAACUAAGGAGACGAGGUUUUCGUUCGGUGUGAUGGCCGGUUUUGCGGCGUUGGUGACUACUGUGUCCAUGUUGGUGAAAAAGGAGGAAGAUUGCGCGACCGCUCCGCAAGACGUCGUACCCCGUGCGUCGCGGGAAGCUACGAACUAUGGAAAUGGAAGAAAAUUUUUCUGUUGUGUGUAAUCGUGGCGUGCUUGUUUGUUGUACCUCGGGGACAACGUCUUGUGUUACUUUCGCGCGGAGAAACCCACACCAGCGACAAGCAGUAAUCAGCGGCCAGCAGCGGAAGAACAGCCUACAUCAACCGUUCUUUGACGGUUAACACGAGUGAGUUCACAAUAAACUCGUGUUAUCUAUUGGAAAACGAA